AUCAGCAGCCAAUAAAAAUCGUGUUCCGAUUACAUCUGACCCGCUAUUGCCUGCGGUGUUUGUGUGUUAGUCAAGUCUCCCACAUUCCUACCGGCCGUUACGCCCACCUGUAAAUGCAGACAAGAUGAAUUGCCUUCUGCUAGUGUUGGCCGCCAGCCUGGGGUGGACAGCAGGGCAGCAGCCGGGGAACGUGUGCGCCAAUGUGGGCAAUGGAGCUGUUGCCAAUGGCCCUCCCUUGCCCGACCUGCCGGCCAAAUCCUUCAAGUCGGUGGUGCGCGCAGUGCUGCUGGACAAGAAUGUGACGAUCGAGGCGCGUGAGUACGUCAGCGAGACCGCCAACGCCGCCACCCUCGUCAUCAUGUACCAGGGCCAGCAGAACACCAUCGUCAUGGACUACAACACUGGACCAGGCCUUCUACAUCUCGCCCAACCCCGAAACCGCUGCUGCAGACACUCUGUGCAUGGCGCAGAAUUUAUCCACUGAUCCUAACCGCGUGCUGUUUGGCAUGUCACCGAACCCCAAUACACAGAUGCCUCACCUGUACAGCUUGGACAAAGUGCUGCAACUAUCCAAAAAUUCCACUCUGUUUUACAAAGGCAAGAGUAGUAAGUACGAUGUCCUGACCGACCACUGGACUACGUGUUUGAACUGGGUUUUGCUGAAUUCCACCUUCACACUGGAUUACUACUUCACAGUUCCCAACUACACCACACCCAGCGGAAACCUGCCCGUGCCGAUAGCUGCCGAGGUGCAAGGUGUGAGAACCUACCCGAACAAGACCCAGUACCUGUUCCACCACGUGUACCAGUACAUCAACUUCGAGCCCUACGUCGACGACCCGGAGAGCGUGUUCAACACGCCGCCGGGUGUCUACUGUAUUGGGAGGAUGAGCACCUUGCCGGUCCCUUCCAUCGACCCCAGCUUCUACUAUCGGGAAGAAGUGUCCAACCCCAUCACCUUCACAUUCACACAAGCAAGCAUCUGGUACGACUACAACCUGCAACUGACCCGCACGGACUCGAGGCUGUACCCGACCACCCAGGCCACUACCCUGUCGUUGGUGGGACCCUACACAGUCAUCCACGACUACCGCACAGGUGUGCAGUACGCCAUUGACAAAAACGCACUGGAUGCCACCGACGUGGGUAGCGACUCGCAGGCCAACAGGUCCGUCCCCGUCUUGAUCAUGGAGUGGGAAGACGGUACCCUUGUCAACGAGUACAACAUCUACGACUUCGAUCAGGACUCGCCAACCUACAAUGUGUUUGAUGUCUCCCCGUGCUUCAGUGCUGGAGGCUCUGUGGACUUUGAAAUCGCCUUCUCAGCGCCGACUACAACCUCCAUACCAUCACAGACCGAUCUGGUCAUGGGCUUGAUCCGUAUGAACCUGGUGGCGGCCGUGCCCAUGACGCCCAUCCGACUGCCAGAGACUCGUCUUCGCUGGGACAGUCAGUUCGUGUACAUGGAGGGAACCGUCCUGGACAGGGCCCCGCCUCACACCAAGUACAGGGCCUACCCCAACGUGGCCAUGCAGUCAUCUGACGGCCGACAGGUACCCAGCACUGCUGACGUGGACUCCUGUGCUGACGCCUGUCAGAAGCUGCAGGACUGGCAUUGCACGACCUUUGACUACUGUCCCGGCUCCAAGAUGUGCAUCCUGGGGAAAAUUGUCAACAACAGACAGUCGAUGAGUCUUGUGAAUAGCAGCACCUGUAAUCACUACGCAAGUGUGGUUGCUUCGGACUACAUCGCGGAACCCACUCUGCUCGACGCCUGGCAAAAGAUGCAGAAUUCUUUGUACGCACCUGGUCUGACGAUUGCCGUACCUCUCAACGCCAGCAACCUGGGGCUUGUCACUUCCCCUUCACAGGUCGUGGCUCAGGAGUACGUUGACGAGGAUGCCAACGCCGGUGCCAUCGUGCUGAGGCAGGCCGGCGUGGAGACCAACAUGAUCAUGAGCUACAACACCAACGAAGUCUUCUACGUCUCCGACAACCCCAGUCCAGAUGGCUUCAAGAUAUGUGAAGUGAAUGCCCUGUCCAAUGACACCAACAGGCAGUUGUUUGGAGUCGGGCCCUCUAACGGCACCAAGAUGCCUCACCUCUACAGCACCAGCAAAAUUCUGGAAUUCUCAAAACAGUUUGGCGAGGUGUAUCGAGGGAUGACCUUUCUGGAGGGUGUGCCGACUAACCGGUGGACAUCAAGCAUGUACUGGAGCACGCUCAACUCCAACUUUACCCUGGACUACUACUUUACAGUUCCCAACUACACGUCCCCUGGCGGCGGUCAGUCCAUCCCAGUGAUGGCGGAGGUACAAGGGAGGACCAGCUACCUCAACCUGACUUUCUGGAAUUUCCAUCACAUUUACCAGUAUAUCGACUUCCAGCCAUACGUCAAUGACCCCGAAAGUCAAUUUAAUGUGUGGUAUGACUACGACCUGAAGCUCUUUCGUAUCGACGUUCGCGAGGCCCCGGAUGGGACCUCCACCCCGCUGUCUCAAGUGGGGCCAUACAGCAUGAUCCACGACUACAGCACAGGUGUGCAGUACACCAUCGACCACAGCAACGGCGCCUGCAGCAUCGACCCUCUUUCUGCCGACGCACAAGGGUUCGACGCUUCUCUUAACAUCACACGUGGUACUCUGAGCAUGCGCAGUCCGCUCCAGCUCUUUAACUUGCUCAACGACUCUCAGUAUGUCGGGCAGCGGACGGUGCGCGGAGGUCAGCAGGCUGACGUCUUCCAAAGGCUGACGGAUCAACUUCCGGGUCACGGGCUGGUGGUGUACGAGGUCUACUUUCUCAAUAAUACCAUCGUGUGGACUGAUGUGGGUAGUGAUGCCAACCGACAAGCGCCUGUACCUGUCAAGAUCCUGGAGUGGGAGAACGGUCAACUUGUGAACGAGGUCAACAUCUAUGAUUUUGACGAAGACAGCCCUGAGAGCGACGCCUACGACAUAAGCGCUUGUUUCAACGACUACCAGUCUAUAGACUUUGAAAUGGCUUUCUCAACCAAGACCACGGUGCCAAUGCCCAGCAAUCGCCCAGGAGGCCAUUGGCAUCCUUCGUCUGGCAGUGGCAAUCUCCGCCCUCAUGAGCCCCAUCAGACUCCAGGGUACCCGCCUGCACUGGGAUGACAACAUGUGUACCUACAGGGCACCAUCACGGACCGUGCCCCGACCCUGGCAAAGUACGAAUACCAGCCUAAACAAAUGAUGCAGACAAACUCCGGCAAGGCAGCGCCCAACACAGUCGACGCCAAAGCUUGUGCUAACCUGUGUGAUGGAUGGAAGGAAUGGACGUGCACUUCCUUCGACUACUGCGCCAGCCAGCAGAUGUGCAUGAUAGCAAGACCCGCCACCAACGGCCAGCCAGUCAGUCUCCUCAACAACACCAACUGCGACCACUACUCACGUGCGAUUGGCGGUAGCUUUGACAACCAGCCGUCCCUGCUUGAUGCCUGGACCAACCUGAAGAAUGCGGUGUAUGGGAAAGGCAUCGCCGUUGACGUGUCUCUUACCGGAAGUUUUGCCACCAUGGUGAACUCAGACACUCCUCAGACUAUGACACUGAAUGCCAAGUGGAUAACAGACCAGGUGGUGUCGACUGUCAACAGGAACUCUGCGGGCGCAUCUUUGCAGCAGUUUCAAGCUCUUCCUAACACAGAGGGCAAAGGUUAUGACGAGCUGAUUCGUGGUCUGUCAGUGGAUGACUGCGCUCAGUCCUGUACAUCAGAGCAGACUUUCAGCUGUCAGUCCUUCGUCUACUGCUGGGAGGCUGGAACCUGCUUCUUGUCGCGGCAGCAUCCCGAUGAGACACCGAGGCUGCUCAAGAAAAGUCCGGCUUGUGACCUGUACUUCCGAAACUAUACCUCUGAUUACCAGAAGUUUGAUGGACAAACAGUUCUAUCCAACUCCGACACCGUCUACCAGAACGUCUUCUCCGACAGCUCGUGCGCCAAGCUGUGCACGUACUACACGUCCUUCAACUGCAAGUCCUUCGACUACUGCCCCGACCUCGGCACGUGCUUCCUGGGCCGCAUGCACUUCUACGACGUGCCCAAGGCCAACAUCCAGCAGGAGCCCAUGUGCAACCACUACUCUCGCAACUACAUCAACGAGUUCCUGUCCACCGCCCACAAGACGGUGCAGCUGCGCGACAACCGCAUCGUCGCCAACGUGGCGGCGGAGGAGUGCGCCAAGCUGUGUGUGGAGGAGCCCACCUUCACCUGCAUGAGCUUCGACUUCUGCGCCAACAUCUCCGAGUGUCGUCUGAGUGACGCCUCCGUCUCCAACACCGGGCAGGUGACACUGGAAGCCAGCGCCUACUGUGACGUGUACAGCCGUCAGAGUACCAGCGGAGGAUCCAGCUCCAGCUCCAAGUCUAGCAGCAGUGGAUUCAGCAGCGCGUCCAUGGGCGGCCUGGGCUUCGCCAUGUUGGCCCUGGGUCUUGCUGCCGGCGCAGUGGCCGUCUUCUUGUACUUCCGCCGGAAGAGCCUCCCCGGAGAUGGCAUGCAGAUGUCCUUCACCAAGCUCAGUAGUGAUACGUGAUCACGUGACCAAAAGUACCUUCGCAGCUGUGUCUUAGUCGGUUGAUACAAUUUGUUUUUCUGCUUUUUCAUUUGUUUUGUUUCUGUUAGUAAUUGAACAGCUGUGAAGAAGGACUUCAUCGUUGUUUAGAUGUAAAGUGGAUGUAUUCUGAAUACCUUAUCGUGCAAUACUGUCAUUACACGCUCUGUGUGCGUGCGUACGUGGAUACUUGAGAGUCUGGCCAACGUGUCUGUAAAGGCAAGUACGCUUGAGUAAAAAUGUUGAAUGUGAUAGCUGUUCAUGAUAGUUUAUAUGGUAUGUGCAUACAGUCGCAUACUUACCGAGGCUUUUUGUUGUUAAUUUAAAGCACAGUCAGUCAGUCCACUCAACUGCAAACAUGACAAAAGUUUUUGUUGGUUUUGUACAGUUUCUUUAUUUGAUUUUUAUUCUGUUACUUCCUGAAACAAUAUCACACCAAGUUACAAUAAAGAGCUGUGCGAUCUUGA